AUGGCUGAGAAUACUUCUGCUAUCAUCAACACGGCUUCUGCAACUCAACUUCACCAUGUUAACAUGUCGAAUGUUACCAAACUCACUGCCUCCAACUUCUUAAUGUGGAGUCGUCAGAUCCGAGCCUUGCUCGCCGGGUACGGUCUUGCAGGCUAUCUCGACGGUGCUACGGUGGCUCCUGCUUCCACUAUUCUCCGUGCUGGCACCACCAUUCCAAAUCCCGAUCAUGAUCUUUGGCAACGUCAAGAUCAACUUAUUGUGGCUAGUCUCCUUGGUGCGAUCUCUGUUGAGAUCCAACCCAUCCUCUCCAAAGCUUCUACCACCAAGGAGAUCUGGACUCUUCUUUUUUCCACCUAUGCGAAACCAACCUGGGACACAUCAAGCAACUUCGGGAACAGAUCAAGUUGUGGCGUAAAGCUUGCAACGUUGGGCAAGCCUUACAAGCAUGAGGAACAAAUUGAAUAUUUGCUUGGUGGUCUUCCGGAGGAUUAUAAGCCUAUUGUUGAUCAGAUUGAGGGACGUGAUUCUCCACCCACCAUGCCCGCCAUUCAUGAGAAGCUUAUCAAUUAUGAGCUCAAGCUUCAAUCUCAAGCUUCGGUUCCCUCUGUUGUUCCUGUCACGGCCAAUGCUGUUUUCAACAAGUCCUAUAGCCAGUCCAACAACAACUCACGUGCACCUCGCUAUUCUUCUCGCGGAUCUUCUUCCUCCUCGUCGCGUGGUGGUCACGGUAGAGGAUAUCAGGGCUGCUGUCAGUUAUGCGGCGUAUUUGGUCACAGUGCACGCCGGUGUUCCCAGUUGCCGGCCUCCACAUGUGGUUUCCAACCAUCGGGUGGUAACUACACCCCUUCUCUGGGUUCCCAAGGGAGUCCUCAUGCUAAUGUUGCUGCCAUUCCGUCAUUCAAUCCGGUCAACUGA